ACACAUAAAGUGCAUUCACAAGAGUAAGAAAAGAGUAAAAAAAUGACAAACUUCUAAUUAAAUAAUAAGUCGAAAGUUUUUUCUCCAAUUGAAAGUCUCAAUCAAUACGAUUUUCCAUUGUGUUUAUGGGUUUUUCAUUUUUUCUUUUUAUUUUUAAAAUCUUUAAAUAUUGUAAAACGAAAUUCAAAACUUGUAAAAAAUUAUUAGUUUUAUUGUUGUGCGUAAUAUUGACGAUAGUUUGAGACUGAACGAAAAACACCGCCCGCAAAUCGACUGACUAUAGCACAAAAACACACACACACACACACACACAAAUGGAUUUUGAUAGUCCUGAUCCCGAUGUUGAAAAAGAAUUCCCCGGAUUGUUUGCAUCUGAAUCAGCAGCAAAUCGAAAGAAAGAUGAAGACGAUUUUAGUGAAGGUGAUCACGAAAAGGUGAGCAAAAAGGAACUUUUGCUUUUGGGUCGACGAAAAGAGAAAAAAGAUAAAAAAGAUCGCGGAUACGCCACAUUGGACGGUGAAAGUUCAGAAGAAGAUUUCGAAACAAAAAGCCCUUCAAAAUUAUCGAAAAAAUCAAAGGCUUUUAAGUUCACGUCGUCAAAAAGCAAAGAGAAACGCGCAAAAUCCCGCGACAAAGAAAAAACUGAAAAAGAAUCCAAGGAACGUGAUAAAAAAUUGGAAAAAGAAUCAAAGGAACGCGAUAAAAAGUGUGAAAAGGAUAAAGACAAGGAGAAGAGAAACGAAAAAGAACGCGAAAAAAAGUUGGAAAAGGAUCGUGACAGUGACAGCAAAGAUAAGAAAAAGGAUAAAAAAGAAAAACAUAAGGAUAAAAAGGAUAAAAAAAUUAAACAAACCACCAACACGAUUGAAAUUAUUGACUUGGGAGUUGCGCAACCAAUUUUUGGAGUAUCAUUGGGUUUGGCUGUUGUUCGAGGCCACUGUCAUGACAACGUUAAUCUACCAUUGAUUGUACGGGACUGUAUCGAUUAUCUACAAGAACAUGGAUUGUCGUCUGAGCAAAUUUACAAAGUAGACGUGGUCAAAACGAAACUUCAACAAUUAAAGCAUGUGUAUAAUAAUCGUGAUACAGUGAUCGCCUCCGAAUUUGAUAUUCCAACGGCAUGCAGCCUCCUUAAAUUGUUUAUAAAUGAACUUCCUGAGCCACUUUUGACAACCGAUUUAUUGCCACGAUUCGAAGAAGUGGCCACAGGUCAAGUGGCAUCUCAAACGGUGCAAAUUCAAGAGCUCAGUACUUUAAUUAGCCAACUGCCAAGUUGUAAUCGAACUUUACUCAUGUGGUUGCUACUUCAUUUCGAUUCUAUCAUAAAAAAUGAAAAAGCAAACAAAAUGAAUAUUCAAACCUUGGCUAUGCUCGUGGGUCCAACAUUACAAAUGUCUCAUCGAUUGCUCGUUACUAUGUUGAGUCACUGUUCCAUACUCUUUCCGGACGUUAUUUUGACAAAAUAUAAACCGCCAAUCACAUCGGCGUCAACAAGUCCAAACUUACCAGAAACUCCCGACGAAAUCAACGAAGAGCUAAGAAAACAGGAAAGUUUACUCAGUCAAAUACAUUCUGAAAUGAAUGCCGGCUUUGUAUCGAAAAAGCGCGAAGAACAAUUAUGGGAAGUACAGCGGAUAAUAACACAAUUGAAGCGUAAAUUGAGGUCAUUCGAACGGAAACAAGAUUCAAUGCAAAAGAGUAUCGAUGAUGGAAUUGGCGAUGUCGACACAUCCCUUUCAUAUGACGUGACAACCCAGCUAUCAAAAACCAAGUCGAUCUGUUCAGAUGAUGAAUCGUUAAAAACCUUGACGAUCGUUUCAACCGAAUCAAAUACAGAGACAAAAACCUCACCGCAAGACAUACCGGAUGCAAUACAAUCUGCAAUUGGAACCGGAGUACAUUUACGCAACAACAAUGAUAACCGAUCACUUGCACAUGAAGAUGAUACGGCCGCCGCCACCGUCGUCAUGGCCGCUUCAAUAGCAUCUAACAUAGAGACUGACAAAAUAACUGUUAAUGAAAAUGGUUUGUUUAUGCUAUCUGAAAAACAUCCAGAGUAUUUGAAUUUGAUUCGAUUGCAAUUGGAAAAUCAAGAACUAAACCAAUGGAAACAAAAAUUGCAACGACGCAUCCAAUGCGAACGUGCUGAAGUCACACGAUUAAAAUCAAUUCUUAAUGCACGCCAAACAAAUUCCUUGCCAUCAAACACCGACACGAGCAGUCUGAACAGUUUUCCGGACGGAAGCUAUGAACGUGUCGUCGCUCAAUACGUGCUAGAAAAUACGCUGUUGGAACAAAAGAAAAACGGUUUGGCCAAAGAGAUCUUUGAAGAGAAUCAAAAAUUGAUACAACUACAAGUCGAUCUGGCCGUUGGACAAUUCCGAAUAUGAAUAAGAACAAAUUAAUCAACCACAGAACUAAAUUGGUUGAGUAGAAAUUUUAUGAGAAUUGUAGACAAAUUUUUCAUUACCUGAUCAUGAGUAAAAAAAAGAUGAAUACAAUAGAUACAUAAACAAACGAACAUUGUAAGUUUACAUAACUUUAAACAGCCUUACAACCGAAGCUAUUGUAUUAUUGAGUAGUAUAAUGAGAAAUUGUGUCGCACAUUGUGCAUGUCAUAGACGCACAUCUUUCUAAAUAAAAAAAAUGCAUAAUAAAUUUUAAAUGAAU